UGGUAGUAUGGAGUCGAGCGUUUAUAGGUGCCUUCAGCCGGGCUUGUCGAUUAAUAUUCAGCGUAGCAAUGGUGCAGUCCAUGGUGCCACUAUCAAGACUGUGAAUUUGGAAAAAAUGACUGUAUCUGUAGAAUGGACCGAAAAUAGCAGUAUCAAAGGGAAGGAGAUUGACCUUGAUGAUGUGGUAGCAAUAAAUCCAGAGCUGUUUACAACGCCAGUUGUUGCUGAUGCGAAAGAGAGCCUUCCUAUUCGGGAGAAUGUAACCACACAGAGGCAAAACCGCAGGACAAUACUCUCAAAAAUUCCUGCUCCAAGAGAAGCACUGCGAUUCCAAGCUAGCAAAAUGUCUGUCAUAGCAGAAUCACAGAACAACCCUUUGGAAAACGACAUGGAAGUAGAACCACCUGCUUCUAUACCGCCACGAAGCCAUUCUGCUCUUCCUGUUGUACGAGCUCGAUCUAGGAAUAGCUAUUCUUCUGAUAGAAGUAAUGUACAACCAAAUGGCAAUGAAAUGACAGAAGAACCUCCACAGUCUCUCAGGAUUGUGUCUGCUGCAAUUCAAGCUCGGAGGAAAUCUAACAUUGUGAAAGAAAUGGAAAAAAUGAAAAGUAAGAGGGAAGAAAAAAGAGCCCAGUUCUCUGAGAUGAGAAACAAGCGGGCACAGGAAUUUGACAGUAGUUGUCCAAACUGGGACUUUGCACGUAUGGUCAAAGAAUAUAGAGCCACCAUUAAUUGCCAGUCAAUAUCAAUGAAUGAUCCAAUAGAAGAGCAUAGGAUUUGUGUCUGCGUGAGGAAACGACCUUUAAAUAAGCAAGAACUUGGAAAGAAGGAAUGUGAUAUAAUCACUGUUGUCAGUAAGAACAGCAUCUUAGUGCAUGAACCAAAGGUGAAGGUGGAUCUGACGAAAUACCUUGAAAACCAGCCUUUUCGCUUUGACUUCUCAUUUGAUGAAAAAGCUUCCAAUGAAAUGGUUUAUUGGUUCACUGCUAGACCACUUGUGCAGACCAUCUUUGAGGGAGGGAAGGCUACUUGCUUUGCUUAUGGGCAGACUGGAAGUGGAAAAACUCACACUAUGGGAGGAGACUUCUCUGGGAAAGUACAGAAGGCCUCCAAAGGAAUAUACGCUUUUGCAUCACAGGAUGUCUUCCUCCUUCAGAACCAGCCACGGUACAAGGUUCUAGGUCUGGAAAUAUAUGUAACCUUCUUUGAAAUAUAUAAUGGAAAGUUAUUUGAUCUCUUAAACAAGAAAGCAAAGCUGCGAGUGCUGGAGGAUGGCAAGCAGCAGGUCCAGGUGGUUGGCCUACAAGAAAUGCGCGUGAAUUGUGCUGAAGAUGUUAUCCGGAUGAUUGAGAUAGGCAGUGCCUGCAGGACAUCUGGGCAUACAUUUGCAAACUCCAGCUCCUCGCGCUCCCAUGCUUGCUUUCAAAUCAUUCUGCGCAGAAAAGGAAAGCUUCAUGGCAAAUUCUCCUUGGUGGACUUAGCCGGGAAUGAAAGAGGUGCUGAUACAUCUAGUGCUGAUCGGCAGACGCGGAUGGAAGCAGCAGAAAUAAACAAAAGCUUGCUGGCACUAAAGGAAUGUAUCCGUGCUCUAGGCCAGAAUAAACAACAUACACCUUUUCGGGAGAGCAAACUUACCCAGGUGCUGAGGGAUUCUUUCAUUGGAGCUAAUUCCAGAACCUGUAUGAUUGCAAUGAUUUCUCCAGGCAUGAAUUCUUGUGAAUACACCCUAAAUACUCUGCGAUAUGCUGAUAGAGUAAAGGAACUCCCUCACAAUGGAACAGCUGAAGAAAGACAGAACUGUAUGGAAACUGAAAACGAAGAGCUGGAAAUCAGUGAGGAAGAAUCAGGCCAACUUCAUGAGCAGCUUUCUGAAGAUGAGAUGUCUCCUCAUCUGUCAAGUUUCCGUGAGGCUCUCACUCGGAUUAGUGAACUUGAAGAGAAGGCAAUAGAAGAGCUUAAAGAAAUCAGGGAGAAAAUGAAUGACUGUAACUAUCUACUGGACAUUGCGGAACAACCUGAAUGUGACCUGGAGGCAUUUGUGUACCAAGCCCAGAGCUUCAUAAAUGAAGGAUCCAAACGCUUCCUCAAUCUGAAAGACACGCUGGAAGAACUAUCCAUUGCCUUCCAGAUGGAAGAGCAAGCCAGCCAGCAUCUGAAUAAGAGACAACUUCAAUAGUCAUCCACUUCUUAAAUGAAUCUUUUCCCCUCUCUGUUUGUCUGUCACUUCUUUGGUUUGGUGUUACUGCAUUUUAAAUGCAAACAGACGAUUCAGCCUAUCUGGUCCCUACCUCUGCCAGAAUGUGGCAUUUCUGAGAUUGUUGCCCAUGAUAUUUUUGUAAUAUUGAAAGCUAUACAUGGAGGAUGCUUUAAUGACACUUGGUAAGCAUGUGUACAUAAAAUCUUUUUCUAGUGUACAUAAAAUGUUUGGCUAUAUAUGUUUCAAUGUUACAACUGAGUGCAAUCUAGUGAAUCUUAAACUGGAUUUGCUGUUGUAUUUGCUGUUCUUAAAACUGAGAAAAAACAG